GAAAUCUUUACUCCGCAACAAUAUCUUACCUGUUAAAAUCGUUUCUUGGAAGAUAUUCGCUAACAUGGCUGAUUCAUCAAACUGGAGAUCGCGCGCCCCUGUGGACCCAGACGCCCAGCCCAGGCGCAACAACUAUGCUUCUCGUAGACCCAGAGAUGACGAAGCCUCGAGAGAGGGCCUCGCCGAGCGAAGCCGUUCUGACGACCUCAAGGUACAGAGGCCGCAAAGACAGCACGAAGAUUCUCCCGAAACUUCCAAGGCUAUCUUGGAGGGUCGCCGUAUCUACCUUGGAAAUCUGCUCUACAGCACCAAAGUCGAGGAUGUUACUGCAUUCCUCGCGGACAACGGCUUCCCCUCCGUCGUGAACGUGCACAUAUCCAUCGACCGUUUCACUGGUCGGAACCCGGGAUAUUGCUUCAUCGAGUUUGCUGACAAGGCGGCUGCCGAUGACGCCAUGGAGAAGCUGGAAGGCGUCCCCUUGUUUGACCGUCCCGUUAAAUGCCGGCCAUGUCAGCCAAAGGGCAACCAGCGACAAGCAAGUCGUUGGCCUCGUGAAGAGGGACGCGAUGAAGGAAGCACUCCCGGCAACAACCGCUGGGGCAACUGGGGCCGACCAAGCGGCGAAUCUGGUGACCGUCCAGCUUUUGUUCCGAGAAAUAGUGGCAGUGGCAUUGGCCAGAUUUCGAAAGCUCAGGAAGAGGGCCGACAACUUUAUGUCGGUGGUUUACCGAGAAUGCUUGACCAAGCAGAGAACGACGUGGAAAUGAGAGACAUCUUCAAGGAUUUUGAAGUGGAAGCAGUGAGCAAGCGAGUCAGCCCUCGCGAACCCGGUGAUGGCCGCAGGAACUUCUGUUUCAUCGACUUCACAACCCGUGAGCAAGCGCAGGCGGCUAAAGUAGCUGUUCAUGGCUUCUCGUACAGAGACGCGCCGCUCAAAGUUAAUGAAGCAGUUCCAAAGACUGAUAGAUUUGCCAAUAGGGCAGAGAGAUCGGACAGGGAUAUCAGAGAUUGAACACCAGAGUUGCAUUUCAACCAAGUCAUGGGGAUGGAAAACUCGAGUCAAUAGCCGGCCAUACUCAUGAGUUUUCCGUAAUUGCAGUAGCGAAAAGCAUUGGAUAUCUUUGGACAAGAAUUGGGCAUAUUUAUGGGUGGAUAAAACAUUGGCGUGGUCACUUGGAUGAGGAUACUGGGUAUAAGUUUAGACUAUUUUAGUCAUAGACCGCUUUACCCUGGCGUAGUGAAAUCCUACAAGUUAUGAAGGCCAUGAUCUGAAGAUCAUGCAGAUCAAGUAGCCAUGUCUUCAAUCAUAUCCGAAGCGAGCAAUGAUAUAAAACUUGGGUUUGAUCAUAAGCAUCCGACAGGGGAGCAUAUGACAACUCAAGCUGAGGGCGGUAGUUGGUCAGAAUACCCACAGUCGCAAUGCUUUUGUGCUUAGUAUCACCUUGAUAAGAAUCUUAUGAUAA